CUGCUUCCUUCAUUCCCUUUUUUUUCGACGGUGCUUCUUGCGCGUUUCUCUUUGUUUCCCUUUUUUUCCGUGAGAAAGCCGUGAGUUAUAUUUAUGGCAAUCCAAAUCCAGGUGCUGCGGUUCCUUCAUAGUUGUUUGAUAAACCUAUUUAAUGCACCACUACAACCACAAACCAUCAAAACAACUCCCUCAUAGUCUUCAUCAACUCAAGAACAAAAAAAAAAAACACGCCUCUUCUCACUCUCUCGCACUCUCUCAGACACUCUUUUUUCUCUUUGAUCCAAGCAGGCGCAUAACCAGUAUGGAUACUCUAAUAACGAUCCUCUUCUCACUCGCACUCAUCCUCCUGGCCCGGGUUUUCGAUGCCAUUGGCUCAUCACACUUCCCACACCUUGAAAAAUAUGAAGCCCUCCCAUCCACUCUUUUCCCAAGCCCCUCCUCCCCUUCCCGUUCCCGUUCCCCGUCCCCUUCUUACGCAUUGGUCCCUUCGGGUUUGAGUUCCAGCACCACAUUUAUGGAGAUGGACAUGUCAGAGAUUCAUUACCACGGCUCACUCAUGUCAUUCGAUGACGAUCUAGGGGUCCAGGCCCAGAUCCAAGACUUGCAAAAGAUCGGAAGGCGGUUUUCUACAGUGCCACUGUCGGCGGCGUCGUCGUUAGAGAAGUUCGUGCGGGCGAUGCGGUUGACGGUGGUAUGGGAAGAUGGGCAUUGGUGUGCACUCGAGGGAAGGACACUGUAUACCUUGAGGGCCGUUGGGUGGAGGGGACGGGUGUGUGUGAGUGUCCUGGAUGGCGGCGAUGAUGUUUAGCUAUUUGGAAGAAGGACUAGUUACAAAAAAAAAAAAAA